UCCUUCGUGUCUUCUCUACCACUAUACAUCCUCCUUAACUUUUCCUUUUUCAUGUUCAAAUGAAUCCAAUUCCAAAAAAGGUUUUCUCUUUCGCCUAUAUAAUCCCAACCCAUUUCAUAUAACGUAAAAAAAACAUUAUUGGGUUUCAUUACAACAACACAAAACAUGGGUUUCACUAAAGAUCAAGAUCGGUUCCGUUCCACGCCUAAGCUUCCUCUGUUUUCAUAUCCAAUGAACAUGCCAUAUGAAACUCCGGGACUAGCUACACCGCCCGUUAACAUCGGCGGAUCUGUUCCUUUUCUUUGGGAAGAAGCUCCGGGAAAGCCAAAGGCUCGUUCUUCCGUUAGAAAACCGCCGAGGUCGAAACAUACCGGAGAAAAAAGAGGAGUCGUGAGAAGCUUGGACCUUCCUCCGAGACUGCUUUUGCCCGGGGAGUCUUGUAAAUCGUUUGCGGCAAACGAGCCUUCUCCGACAACUGUUCUCGACGGUCCGUACGAUUUGCGUCGACGUUCGCUGUCGCUUCCGAGAUCGGCGUAUGUAGUCAGGAAGCUGAGAGGUGUUCCGGCACCGGCGCCGGCGAAGGAGAAGAGAUUGUUUGGGUCGAGUAGAUGGGGAAGUUUCGGGAAAUGUAAAGAUGUCUCUGAGGGUAUAUUUGACUUUCCACGUUUUAGAGACGGCGGCUGUGAUUGCCGGAGGGAUUGGACCGGAGGUGGAAGUGACUUCUCCGGCGACGGCGGCACAAAAGUGAAACUUUUUAGACUAAAAAGGAAAGGAAACCUUUUUAACCUCUCUCAUGCAACAAAGUCAGAGUUCUGGGAAAGGGUUUACGAAGGGUUUAAGCAAGCGAUUCCAUGGAGGCGUAAGCAAAAGAAUCUGUAAAGGAUUUAAUUAUUCCACUAUUUAAAUCGAAUUUCUCUUAAAUUUCUUCUAACUUUAUAGUUGAUCUACUAAUUAAUUAGUCGUCUCUUGUUUAUAUAUAUAUACUACUUUAAUAAUAUGUACAAUCUGCUAAUGAAAAAACUUAUAUUAUAAAUCACAAUGAAAAU